AUGGUCCAGGACACUCUUCCUGCAUUUGAGGUCGGCAUACACGACGCGCGCCUAGCCAUAGUGGCCCUCAGGCGAGCUUCUGGGAUUGGCGACAGCGGCUUGCAGUCAAGCAGCGAGGAGGAGCCCGCCGCUGGUGAUUUCACUGGAUCGACGGCGCUCUGUGUCGCAGCUUCAGGGGCCCAGCAGCGGAAGGGCACCCAGGAAAUCUCGCUUGUUUGUGAACAUCAUGGGAAUGUCUCACUGUCCACAGACAGCCUGGACUCAUUCUCCGGCAACGCCUUUGCCGAGACUUUGAGGCAUCUCAUUAUCUGGAGUCAGACUGUGUUUGAGUCCUUACGCGUCUCCAUGUUGUUCGCCCGAUGUCCAACACUCUGA